CCCGCCGCCGCGCUCUCCCCUCACAGACAACAACAUGGCGGCGGUGUCGGGGCCAGUGGCGGGCAGCUGUGUCAACCCCGCCGGGGGCCCGGAGAUGGUCCGCGGGCAGGUCUUCGACGUGGGGCCUCGCUACACCAACCUCUCCUACAUCGGGGAGGGCGCCUACGGGAUGGUCUGUUCUGCCUAUGACAAUAUCAACAAAGUUCGGGUGGCGAUAAAGAAAAUCAGUCCUUUUGAACACCAGACGUACUGCCAGAGAACUCUGAGAGAGAUCAAAAUCUUACUUCGCUUCAAGCACGAAAAUAUUAUUGGAAUCAAUGAUAUUAUCAGAGCUCCGACUAUUGAACAAAUGAAAGAUGUAUACAUUGUGCAAGAUCUCAUGGAGACAGACCUUUACAAGCUCUUAAAGACUCAACAUCUCAGCAAUGAUCACAUCUGUUACUUCCUUUACCAGAUCCUGAGAGGAUUAAAAUAUAUCCAUUCAGCCAAUGUGCUGCAUCGUGACCUCAAACCUUCCAACUUGCUGCUAAACACCACUUGUGAUCUCAAGAUCUGUGAUUUUGGGUUGGCUCGCGUAGCAGAUCCAGAUCACGACCAUACUGGUUUCUUGACGGAAUACGUAGCCACACGUUGGUACAGAGCUCCUGAGAUUAUGUUGAAUUCUAAGGGUUACACCAAAUCUAUUGAUAUCUGGUCUGUAGGCUGUAUUUUGGCAGAGAUGCUGUCGAACAGACCCAUCUUUCCUGGAAAACACUACCUUGACCAGCUGAACCAUAUUCUUGGAAUACUUGGAUCUCCUUCUCAAGAAGACUUGAAUUGUAUAAUCAAUUUGAAAGCCAGAAAUUAUUUGCUUUCUUUACCGUACAAAAAUAAGGUGCCAUGGAACAGGCUGUUUCCAAAUGCUGACCCCAAAGCUCUUGAUUUGUUGGAUAAAAUGUUGACCUUCAACCCUCAUAAGAGAAUUGAAGUAGAAGAAGCUUUGGCCCAUCCAUAUCUAGAGCAGUAUUAUGAUCCAAGUGAUGAGCCUGUAGCUGAAGCUCCCUUCAAGUUUGACAUGGAGUUGGAUGAUUUGCCGAAGGAAAAACUGAAAGAACUAAUUUUUGAGGAAACUGCCCGAUUCCAGCCUGGAUACAGAUCUUAAAUUGCAAUUGGAUGAAGGCAUCAAAGGGCUGGGCAUACUGCACACAGAUGUUCUCUUCCUGGUUCUUUAUCUCUGGCCAUGUCAUGUGGUCUCUCUCAGCUUAUCCACUAAGUACUUCAAGCCAUUCAGGAGGCAGUUUCUGGUAGUCCUGGUUUCUAUGCUUUCAACAGAUUCUUUAUUUAUGCCUGAGAAAUUGAUACUCCUAUGUGUGAUGUCCUUUAUUGGCAUUUUGCAAUACUAUCCUUCCGCAUACA